AUUGUGUUGAUGAAUUGACGAUAAAAAUAAUAAAGAUAGAUAAGACGAUAUAUGAAGAAUAUACAAAAAUGAAUUUAUUUUAGUUAAAUUCGCGAAUUGUGUCAUAAUACAACAUCUUUUGAAAAUAAUACAUAUUUAUUUAGUUUACUAAUUGUCAAUUUUAGUAUUAUUAUCAAAACAUGGCUCAACCAAACUUAUUGGAAAUAGAUCCAGAACAAUUAUUUCAAACUCAUUAUAUCAGUGAUGUAGAUCAAGUACAGAAGAAAUUGCAAUACGAGAUUGAAAGAAAAAGAGAAGAACUUAGGGCUAUGGUUGGUGAGCGGUAUCGGGACCUUAUUCAUGCAGCUGAUACAAUAGAAGAAAUGAAGUUAACCACUGCAAGUACUCUGAACCACAUAAAUGAAAUUAUGUCUGCCUGCAAGAAUUUGCAUAGUACACGGUUGGCUGGGCUUAAUAUCAAAGAAAAUCCUGUAUCACAAAACUACUAUUUGAAUAGUGAUUCAGAUCAUAGUGUAGCUGUACAAGUUAAGUUGUUGAUGGAAAUACCAGAAAAAAUAUGGAUAUGCAUUGAAACUGAUGAUUUUGUGAAAGCGACACAACUGUUUAUCAUAGCCAGACAUAUUAACACAGGUCUUCAAUUACAAAUUGGCUGUAAAAAUGCAAAGCCUGGUAUGCAAUCUUUGCAAAGACUGGUGCAGCAGCAGUGGAAUUCUGUGUCGAACUUCAACCAAACAAUAAUAGAUGUUUGUCGACAGAAAUUGCAGGAUGUGGACAUUAAUGUUGAGGCAGCUUGCUCCUGUCUUGUUAGUUUAUAUCUCCUCGACACACAAACACUGGUGGAGCUACUAAACUCACUGAUAAGUCUCCAGAGCCACAGCAGCCUUAAAUCAACACUACAAUUCGACUUGAGUCGUAUCCUAGAGGGAGACAUGAAAGUUCAAAUACGGGAAAAGAUAGUGAACGGAGUCAAGAUUGUGUUAAAGACAGUCAUACUGGUAUAUGCUUGUUUUGUAGAUAACGAUGGAGGUGCAGUGUUGGCAAAGUUAAAAGAACUUUUCAGGCGAGAUUCUCAACCAUUGAUUGAAUUGGUUAAGUUUAGUGAUCCGGCAGGAUUGAAGGUUCUACCAGCUGUGCUGUCUAAUUACAGACUUUCAUCAAACAAAGAGGUUCAAGCUUUGGCUAAAACGGAAAUAACGAAAUGCGUUCAAGAGUGGAGCGUUUGGGUAAAGUCAUAUAUAGACGAACAUGUGCAGUCUCUGCUGCAGAAUAUUACAAGAGUCAAGAUUUUGCAUGAGAUAAGGGACGAAGCCUUCAAAGUUGACACACCAUCGAAUUGGAGCCUAAUAUGUUCAUCUCUCGAUAUACCAGAAGUCCAUGUAUGGUGUCACUAUUUCCAACCUUUACUAACCACUAGGGUGAAAGCCAUCAUAGACAACAGGUGGAUCAGAGUCUACGAUGAGUUCAAGACUCAGAUGCUAGUCGACUUGACGAAGGUAUCUUCUGAAGGGGAGACGGAGAAGGAGUCUGACAUCAAUUGGUUUGUGUGGAAGGAUCUCAUCGGUGAAACUGUCAUAGAGUCCAGAAAUGAUGUGAUAAAAGUUAUGACUUCAUUAAUGACAGGUAUGGCACGUCAAGAUCGCGGUUACACUCCGACUUUGGAAAAGCUCUGUGUAUCAUUAGAUAAUGAGCUGCAAAGGUUGUUAGAAGACUUGAGAGUGUAUCUUUAUCGUGAUAGAAAAGCUGCUGUUUCUAGAGACAAGUUGCUGUUCCCAUACGAAGAUGAUGAUGAAUCCGAACAAAUUUACAGCGACAAAAGUGAAAUUGAAGUUUAUUUCAGAGAUGUGUCGGAUAGGAGAUUGCAGAGUAUGAUCCAGUACAUAAGGGCCUGUUUCGAGGAGCCGACGCUUCAAUCAACCGAGUUGAAACGUAAAACCACUGCUAUAUACACCGCUAGAUUCUCUCAAGCGAUAUCCACUCUUGUACCUAGUUUAGGCAAGUGCUAUAUUCCCGAAGAGCGUAACAGCUUAGGCGUUUUAACGAUAGAUGAUAAUGCCGUGAAAAGAUGGAAGGAUGUGUGCGGUAUAUUGAAGGAGAACUGUCUGUUCUGUUGGGGAAAAUGGGUGGAUAUUGUUAUGGUAAAAAUUGAGGAAAUGACAAAAAUGUUCCCGCAGGAAUUCACUUUGGAGGCCAACAUUGAUUAUUUGAUGAUGCAAUGGGAUGUAAUAAAAAUCGAAGAGAAAGACGACGAAGGCAACUCCAUAGAGUCCACAAUAAAAGUUCCAGCGGGACCUUCUUUAAAAUUACAAGAGUACCUUUACUCCGUUAGUCGUAUACUAGACGAAGUGAUCCCACACACUUUGCCGUCAGAAAUUCAUGCAAUGUUCAUCGACAAAGUUACAAACGUCAUCUUCGCACAUUACGACAAAGUUGUGAGAGAGAAAGAGACGGAAAUAAAUCAGAGGUGUGCGCUUCAACUGUUGAUGGACGUCAGACAUACGACUUUGUUGUUAGUACCUAGGGAGAAUAAGAAAUCUAUGGAGCUGUCGCAUGAGAUUUGCGAGUUUCUCAGGCAGAGGAUAGAUCCGUUUGAUUACGAUGUGUUUUAUCCAUAUAUACAGACGAAUUUGAAAAGAUCAGUGCAGAGGGUGCAGACGUUACUCGGCAGUCUGAUCUUGCAUCAUGGACAAUUGUCAGGUAUAAUCGGCAACAAGCCCGUGUUGUCAGGCGGUACUGGCGAUAAGGCAGCCUCUCUCCUCGCAUGCGGGGACUCGCACUGGUAUUCCCUUUUACCAGUAGCUACGCAACCGGCCUUACUCAAGAAACACGAUAAACCGACAAAGAAAAAAGUGGUUGCAGCAAGUCCAAACAAGUCGAAGUCCGAGAUAUCCGAAUUGAUGACCAGCUCGUUGCCUAUAAACUUCGCCAAUGCUCGCUCUGGAGCAGCCUCAUUCUUCACUUCUAUGACAUCAGACUGGUUCAGUGGCUCGUAA